AUGGUCAUGAAGAAAAUGGAAGCAAAAAUUGAGUAUGCUCCAAAAGUGUUUGAUUGUGGGAGUCCAUUGUAUGAUUCUCAUGAGUUGGUUUCACUAGCAAAUGUAAUCGAGAGGCAUACGAUGGCCUUGCCGUGGUCUUCUGGGCCGGGCUCGGGCUCGGAAUUGGGCUCGUCGAGAGGUGGAUCUGGUGCAACGAAGAAGAAAAAUAGCGGUCGUAAUAUUUUUCGCAGAAGGCGGGAAAAGGAGAAAUCCAAAGGGGUUAAGAGUGUGAUUUAUGGGGUCCUUAGUAAAUUUGGUUUGAUCAAUAAAAUGUGA